AUGCACGCAUCACACUCCAAGGAUGGCAAUUUUCAAAGACAGGGAUCGACAAGAAGAGUUAUACCUUCAGAACCGAUUUCUUAUCCUUUGGGAGACAAACAGAAUGAAGAUGUGCAAAAGUUAUACAAAAUAUAUAAACAAGAAUAUGUUAUUUUAGCAGAAUAUAAAAUGGUACAAAAUGAAAAUAUACCCGGUGUUUAUGUUAUACCUUCUAAGGAGUCUUCAUUAGUAUGGUUUGGAGUAAUAUUUGUAAGGAGUGGAUGUUACGAAGAGGGUAUUUUUAGGUUUACUAUAUUUUUGGAUGAGGAAUUUCCUGAUUCUGGACGUCCUAAAGUGAUAUUUCAUACAAAAAUAUUUCAUCCUGUGAUAGACGCUGAUUCUGGUGAACUGAACUUGUUAAAAGCUUUUCCACAGUGGUCUAAGUUAGAGGAACAUGUUUGGCAAGUUGUUAAAUAUAUACAUUGGAUCUUUCUAGACAUGGAUAGAAGUGUUGAACAUGCUGUUAAUACAGAAGCUGCAGAAAUGUAUAAAAACAAUCUUCAAGAAUUCAAAGAAAAAGCUGCUGAGCUGAUUAAAGAGAGCAAAUCGCAUCUGUUUGAUGAGCCAGCUGUAGAUGAUAAACAUUAUAUUACUUUUGAACCAUAUGACCCCGAAGUACAUGACAAGGUGAAAGCCAUGAUGAUCAACAAUGAGGUCCAAGAACAAACGUCAAAGCUGGGAUUAUCUUGGGUACUACCUGGAAGCAAGAAACCUUUGACAAGGCCGCCAACUCCAAUUCCUACAGAAUGCGAGUUAUGA